AUGAACGGACAACGAGCGGAUCCUGCGCUUCAGGCGUGGGCACAGCCGCAAUUGAGAGACUUUCUGCCCUUGGAGGAUGAGCAGCUGGAACAGAUAAUAGCGUAUGCGGCGACGCUUUCUGGUGCUGAAAUCAUUGAUCAUUUCACCGAACUCUUGGGAGACAGUCAGGAAGUCGUACAAUUUGCGAUUGAAUUUAAGCAACGCAAGGCAGAGAUGGCGGCAACGGAUAUAUCGAAACAUUCUCAUGAUGUGAAGAUACCGAAUGGCGCUGGAACCGAGAAAGGUGGGAGUCGAGACUCCAAGCUGGAGCCCGUUCAAAACGGGCAAUCGCCAUCAAACAACGGCGAGAAAGCACCACCGCCGACUUCAAACAAGGUCGCACCGCCAACAGGAGCUCCACCGGCGUAUGCACCUCCUGCAGGACCUCCACCUGGACCAGGAGCAGACAGACGCAAUAUCCGGAAUCACACCAACCAGGUCAUCGAGGCAGGCAAACUGCGAGCGCGAGACGAACAAGAGAUGCAGCAAGCACUUCAAUCAUUGCAGUACCAAUACCGAAUUUACAAUAGCGACAUCGAACCAGAGCACGAGUCUGACUUCUACUGCGGGUGUCCAAUCCAUCAGUACAAGCGGCGCAAGUGGAACCGAUACGGCGUUCAACGGGAGUGGUCGAAAGCGGUGAUGUAUCCAGGCGAGAAGGCAUACGACGACAACACCAUGUACGGCAAAAACCAACUCUUCAGUGGCAACCCUUAUACCUUCCGUGUGGUAUCUCCUUAUGGCUACUGGCAGAAUACAUGGGCUCCUCCGGCUCCGAUACCUGGCUACUACACUCGAUCGCUGAUGCAGACGAUUGAGUUGAACAAUGCACUAAAUCGGGAGGCACAGGCCAGUAUCAACAAGAAGGAGCCGAAGCAUUCAAUCUGGGAAGAGAAUCAACUGGAGGGUGCUCUUGGCAGGAUGAACAUCAGCGACGAGAAGCGGAGAAGCCUGGUUCCUACUGAUGCUUCUUCUUCAGCCCGGCCAGAGCCAAAGUCGAGAUUAUCAAGCUUUCGCAAGACUCUUGGGAUCAAGUCGUCUGACGAAAGAACCAUUGGCAAAGCUGAGAAAGCUGUUGGUCAUGGAAGCGACGUUCGAAGUUCCAUUCUGCGGGAGGAACAAGGACGGUGGCCCGACGAACUGACACAAGCUCUCGUCACUGCCUAUCAGCAACACAUGGGCAUGUACGGCAAGAUUGCCGAUCUUCGAAAUCGAAGUCCCAUCCAAUAUCUGCAUCUUCUUCGAGCUGGAUACUUCGAGCCAAUACCGGUGGCAUGGGCGAAUGAUCCCUCGAAUCCUCUGAAGUUCAGCAUUGAAGCGGCCGCCGGUUGGAGAGGCAUCACGCCUGCGUGGAGAGGCUACGAAGAUACAGCUGAAGAGAGAUUGUACUGGGUGCUGAAUCAUCGCGAGGGAGCUCAUGUUGUGUCAAGACUGAAGCCUGACUACAUCUCUGAGAUGAGGAUGGCACAGGAACGAAUGGCCAAAGCAGUCCCGCCGCCACCAGACUACUACUCAGCCACUGAUCAGUGUCACAUCCAGCAUACCUCAGCCGGCUACUCGAAGCAAGUCAUGCCUGCACCGCUGCGACUAGAAGACCGGCCAGAGACUGCUACAGACGACACAAUGAUCCUCCUCGAUGUCUCUGGCUCUAUGGACUUUGACCCAGUCCGCCCCAUCUACAACGAAUAUCUAGUCACCGGCUGGUCAAGAUCAACCCAACCCAAAAACAAAGACGUCGCCCACGCCAUCAUCCGCCGCUUCACCGACGCCAUGGAAAACCACGACCACCAGUUCCAAGGCUACGACCUCGUCACCUUUGCCAACAACGCCCGCCAUAUCGGUACUAUCAACCACCAGAACUUCGAUCAGAUGUGGCGGAACGUCCGACUGGGUGGUGGAACGAGAGUGAUGACUGGCUGGCAGAAAGUCAAGGAACUUCAUUUCCAGAAACACUCCGAGUCCGCCUCCCACCACCCCAUCUACGGCUGGCAAGCUGGUCCUGAGACGCCCAUGCUCCGUCUGCUGCUCCUUCUGGACGGUGAAGCAACGGAUAUGGACGAGUUCGAGCUCGAUCUCCUCGGUCUCUCCUGGGCACACGUAACGAUCUUCCUCAUUGGCGUCGACGGCUGUCCGCACCACCAUCGUCACGCGAACGAGUUGCAGAGGAUCAGCGAUGUCAACCAUCACGUCAGCUUCGUCGAUGCGCAGGGAAACUGUCCGGAAAGGUUCGUCACGCACGAGUUGUUGAAGAGACAUUUAGGAUAUGAGAUUAGUAUGAGUGAGUUUGAGACCAUGGAGGAGCUGCCAGCGUACUCAGAGACUGGAUAG